AUGGCGCCGGGGCUGCUGGACCUGGUGCACCUGACAACCUGGGCCGUGUGUGCCGUGAUCAAGCUGCCGCAGGUGGUGGCGGUGCUGAGGGCCGGCUCGACAUGGGGACUCAGCGUGAGCAGCCUGCUCCUGGAGCUGGCCGGCCUCCUUGUGUUUCUGAGGUACCAGAUCUAUUAUGGUUACCCCCUGGAGACAUACCUGGAGUAUCUCAUCGUCAUUGGACAAGUUGUCAUUCUACUUUCCUGCAUUAUGCAUUUCAGUGGAAAAACGAGACGAGCUUUUUUCUAUGCACUUGUAUUUUGGGGGGGCUGGUACAUGCUGACACUGCAGAAGUGGAUAAUAGACCUGGCCAUGAAUCUGUGCACAUUGGUCAGUGCAGCCAGUAAGCUGGUUCAGCUGCAGCACCUCUGGGAGACCAAAGACGCCGGACAAGCGAGUGCCCUGACCUGGGGCAUGUCUGUAUAUGCCUCUGCAACAAGAAUUAUUACAACUGUAAUGACUACAAAUGAUCUCGCAGUUCUCAUCCGUUUCAUAGUCAUGCUCAUUCUCAAUAUUUGGGUCACAGCCACAAUCCUGCACUACAGGAAGACUAAAAAGACUGAUUAGAAGACACUCAUCAGCACACAUAUCAUUACCAUAAAAAAUGUAAUUAAGCCUAAAGAAUUUAAGAAUUCUUCAAAGAUUGAGGAAGCUCUCUUUCUCUAAUAUUUACCCUUUAGCAUGCUUACAGUAUUUACAGUACUUACAGACUUACAGUAUAGGACAUCCAUGCUUACUUUCUCUUAGAAAUAAUUCUGAUAAGAUACUUAAUUUAAGCAGCAUAUUUUUAUUAGUCAUUUCAGACAAGUUUCACUGAUAUCACAUUUUCUCUGGAUUUUUUUUACUACAAGGUAUUUCAUAGUUAGAUGUAUAAAUAUUCUGGUAUCACUUCAGUUCUUUCUGGUUACAUAUAAGCAAUUUUCUUCAAUUAUACAUGAUCAAUUUUGCACCAACAUACUGACUCGUCCUGCUGCAAGACUGAAAAACCACACCAAAAGUUUGUCUUCUUGCAAGCAACUCAAUUAGUUCAACAUUAACUGUCUGUAUUUGAGGAUGAAAAUCUGAGCCAAGGCCCAAUCCAGAAUAAGAUUCUAAUUACUAAAUCACAAAUCCAGUUGGGAUUGUAGCACUUACAUGCAACACUUAAAACAGUACAAUUUAUACAGCUGAUACAGGAUACCCAUAGUCACUUUCCUCAGUAUACCCAGUUUUUAUUGGAUAAAAGAGCAAAAACUCAACUACGAAUUAUUUUUCAACCUGAGCUCUCAUUCACUGAACAUACUCUUUUGGGAACAGCAGGGACUAGAAUGUAUGGGAAUUAAUGAAACUCUGACCAACAGUUAAAAAUGCUGCUCAAGCCAAAGCUCCUGGAAUGAUAACCAGAAUUCCCAAACACCAUUCAUACUGACAUGUGCACCUUGAUGUAUCUCAGCAGACUGAUCUCCUGUGGUUGCCAGGUUUUGCUCAUUUGUGCUCGGUGGUUCUCGAGUUUUUGGCCUGUCAGUGCUAAGUGAGUUGAAGAACAUAUACUUCACUUAAACUUUUAAUUCUAAUCACUUUGUAGUACUUAGAGUAAAAAGGGGGAAAGGAUAUUCUUGACAACUAUUAACAGAGGAUUUUGGCUUUGGAAGUACUGCCUUCACAACCAAAAGUUACAUUAGUAAUCAUAUAGCUUGCCUUAAUUUGUCAUUACAUUCCCCAAAAUUAAAAGAUACAACAUUCCAAGAGUUCUUAUGGUAUUCUGUUGAUUAGCAUGUAAAAACCUAGGCACCCUUGAACCCAACACACUUGAAAACUAUGGGAAGAUUGCAUUGACUUCAUUUGAGGCAGGUUUUCUUUGCAACAUUCUAAAUUGUGUGUCUGCUGUGGAGCAAUGGGAUCUGCAAAAGCAGAUGUUUUGCCAGUGAGCACACAGCAAUUGGAGCAUCUACCAUCAGAAAACAGCUACCUCAUACUCUAAAUUUUAGUGGGAAGGGCUGGGAAGAGAUGUGUCUGUGGGCAUUGAUUUCAUGUAUCCCAUGUCAUUGAGAGCAAGUCAAAGUCAAAAAUGACCUUUUUGUACUGCUCCAAUAAAAAGUAUAAAUCUUUCUAUGUUGGUUGAAAGAUUAAUUGUAAACAUUCUGAUUUUACUAAAGCUGAGUAAAGUAUCUGAAGUGGUCUAAAUGGUGGCAGAUGCCAUGUGAUACAUUUUCCAGGUGAUACUAAUAAAUGCUUUUCUUAAAGA